AUGCAAUAAAAGCGAAAUCAGGAAUAAUUGAGAAAUGCCUUAUAAUAACAACUGUUCCCAAAGAUGCAGAAGAAAAUCGAAUACUCGAAAGUGAAACCAAAAAGGGCAAUUAGAAUUGAGGAUGCCAACAAUAGACUUCCUUAGACAUUUCCUCAAAUCGAACCAAUGGAGAUUGACUUCCAAGCAAAAUAUAGGUUGGGAGAGAGGAUAGGUUAGGGAGCACACGGAGUGGUGAAAUAGGCGAUUAAGGAAGAUACGGGGGAGAUUGUGGCAGUCAAGAUUUCUAGUAGUGGAGAUCCUGAGUUGGUGAAGACUUUUACUGAAGCCUACAAAAAUGCAAGAAUGCUCAACCAUCAAUACAUUAUUAAAGUUUAUGAAUGCUACAUCGACGAACAAACAGAAGCACUAUUUUUAGUGAUGGAGUACUCAAAUCUACGCUCAUUGGAAGAAGUAAUGCGUCAUACCAAAUUAACCGAAGAAUAGAUCAAGAUUCUCAUCAGACACAUACUUCUAGCAUUGUAACAUAUCCACGAAAGAGGAGUUGCUCAUAGAGAUCUCAAACCAGAUAACAUUUUGAUCGAUCAAAAUUCAUUAGAUAUUAAAAUUAUCGAUUUUGGAGUUAGUAGAAGAUUUAAGAAAUAUAAUGGCAGAGAAUUCAUAGAUGUAGACAUGUGGACCAGAACUGGAAAUGUAUAUUAUACAGCUCCUGAAAUUCUCAUAGGGGGCGGCUACAAUGAGAAAGUUGAUCUAUGGUCCUUGGGAGUAUGUUUAUUUCGUAUCCUCUCUGGCAAUCUUCCCUUCUUUAAGGAUAGUGUCUUGGGCACAACUAAGAUGAUUUUAAAAGGGAAAUUUGAGUUGAAUCAUAGCAUUUCACACUUGGCACGAGAUUUCAUAAGGAGACUUUUAAACCCUAAUCCCCUAUAGAGAUUAUCUGCCUAAUUGGCCUUGCAGCAUCCUUGGUUGUAUUGUCAAGUAUCUGAUCGAUUAUCUCUCGAGAGUUCUUAACAUCCUAAAUCUAGUUACAGAACUAAUGAUGAUAUUAAGGACUUUAAUUAAUUUGAAAAGAAGAAUUCAUAUUACAGUAGAAAUUUGCAUAUGAGAAGUAAUACAAUGUCUAAGAGUCCUAUUGUGUAACAUGAUCGCCAAAUUUCACCUAAAUCUCCUCUUGAAAUCUUGCAAAAUGAUAUUGAUGGAGAGAUUCAAUAAUCCCCCUUGAUUAAAUUGAAAAAAAUUUAACAUUAAAUGAGCAAAGAAAUCAAUAUUAUAAGGAGAAAUAAGCAAAAUGAGUAGGGGUUUUUUAGAUUCAGAAUGCCUAACCAAUUUGGAAAUCGAAAUCUUCUACAAGAUUAUUAAUGA